GCUGGAGGUGCAGUCAGUCGAAGGCGGUCGUAAUCCUAAAUUUUCUUGCUUAGAGCUUUCUAGGAGUUUUUCUUUCUCUACCAAGCUAUGAUGAGGCUCUUCAUAGUUGCUCGAGCCUACUUCAUGCUGAAAUAUUCCUGAUUGUUCGUCGUCGUCUGACGUCAUCAUGGGAAGUAGCUGCUCCUCUGCCCAAAAGAAAAAAGAUAAAGACAAUAAAAAUGCUCAGAGUGGACAGUCUCCGUAUGAUGGACGUCGUCGCUCGACUGACAGUCUGCCCUAUGGCAAAGGUUCCCCUUCGUCAUCCAGGCGUCCAUCCUUCGACCCUAACUCCACCCCUGCUCCUGUGGCAGAGCAGGCAGAGAGCCCCGCAGAUUCUGGACAAGCUCACAAAGUUCCUGUGGAUGCAGCUCUCUCUUCGAUUAGCGCCGGUGGAUCAUCUUGUUCACCUCCACCAGGGACGACUGGAACUCCACUGAUAAAAGAUGCACCAUCUCUUGAUGCCAUUGGUCUUCCUGAUUUGCAAAAGUUUCCUGACCAUGUCCGGGCUCUUUUGUUGGGCAGAGUGGCCGAAAUUGAAGUUUUGCCUCCUCUCCAAGAGAUUACAUUGUACAUAGCUGCAGAUUUUUAUGAUUCUGUUGUGGAAAGAGAUGCACUAAUUGAAAGAGUGUUCCCUUAUUUGAGGAGGUACACUGCAGAAAAGGGAUAUGAACUGAAUGUCACAGAUUUACAUUGGGGAAUACCUGGUGUAGGUCUCGUGGAUCACAGUAUACCUAGUAUAUGUAUGAAUACAUUAGAAAAAUGGAGAACGAGAAGGAGACUUCUAACUUUAGUUGUUUUUAAUGACAAUAUUGGACCAACAUUAUUACCAAGAUCACUACCAAAACCUCACUAUGAAUCUGCAAUGGAGUUGGUGGAGAAUGAGGAAGAUAAGGAGCUUUUUCAUAAAUGGUACUUGUUAGAUUCACAUGCUUCUCCCAUGGUAUAUAUCUUGCAACCUGUCAUUAAGCACUAUCCUGCUUUUGCUGGAGAGGAUCCUGCAGAGAGGAAAAAGACUUUUUUGCAAUGGAAAGAAGAAACAGAAAGAAUGAUUGUUGUCCUGGGGAACGUGCUACCUGAUGGCCAAAAGCAAAAGAAUCUCACCUCAGGUGUUUGUCUUUAUAAAUAG